CAAAAUAAAGUCUUGGCAAUGAGCCAAAUUCGAAGUGACAUCCUUUGGUCUCAUAAAAUAAAAAACGCAAAAGAAUAUAAUAACCAAAUUUGCAGACUACAUGUUGCAGCACCUAUAUUGUUAGGUGAUGAAAAUGUUGAACAAGAAUUAGUCAUCACUGAUUUAGAUUAUCAAGUAAGUGAUGACGAUGAUGUUGAAGAAGGGACAGCUAUUAGAUCUCAUAAUCAAAAAAAUCGAAGUCUUAAAGAAAAUGAAGAUUUAGUUGCAGAAGAGGAACAAAGGUGGGAAAACCUAAUUAAUGAAUAG